GGGAGGGGCGGGGCGUUGCCCGCAAAUCGAACGAUUGAUUGUUGUCCAAUGAUCGCUUGUCUGCAUUCAGAAGGGCGGAGCUAUAAUUUGAAUAUCGGAGUCUAGAUAAGCCGGUGCCGGGCGCGCUUCCUCAGUCUUCGGUUGUACUCGAAGAAGAGAAAGCUAUGCCUGAACCCGCCAAGUCCGCCCCGAAGAAGGGCUCCAAGAAAGCCGUGACUAAGACGGCUGGUAAGGGAGGUAAGAAGCGCAGAAAGUCCAGGAAGGAGAGCUACGCGAUCUACGUGUACAAGGUGCUGAAGCAGGUCCACCCCGACACCGGCAUUUCCUCCAAGGCGAUGGGCAUCAUGAACUCGUUCGUCAACGACAUUUUCGAGCGCAUCGCCGGUGAGUCGUCCCGUUUGGCUCAUUACAACAAACGCUCCACGAUCACGUCCAGGGAGAUCCAGACCGCCGUGCGCCUGCUUCUUCCCGGUGAGCUGGCCAAGCACGCCGUGUCCGAGGGCACCAAGGCCGUCACCAAGUACACCAGCUCCAAGUAAGAAGUGACGAAAAGCUUCAUCAACAACAUCAAACCCAACGGCUCUUUUAAGAGCCACCCAUGUUUCCGCUUAAAGAGCUUAUUUUGUGUGGGUAACUGUAAGGCUUGUAGUAGAAUGAGUUAUGUAAGUGUUUAAAUGCACAUCCUUUGGUUUGUGUAUACGUGGCAUACGUGAUACAGAAGUGUGUUUGUUCCAGUACGUGAUCUGCAGUUCCUUCUGCAAACACCUGUAAAAUAAGGGAAACAUCCAGGCUUUGUUUUGAGUUAUAACGCUUCUAAACCUCUUUAUUUUUAUUUAUUUUUUUUCUUUUCUUGACAUGCAUGUGUGUAUUUAUGAAUAAAAAAAAAAAUUGUGCACUUCUGUUAUUGUAAGAGCUUAUGUAUUCUUUUAAUAUUAUUUUGCCAUUUUAUUGCUUCUCGGCCUUUUGUACUUGAUCAAGUGUAGUAUCUGUUCUUAUUAGUUUAAUAUCUGAUACGUCCUCUAUAUGAGGGCUACACAUUAAAUUGAUAUUUACAACAAGGAGACGGAAGAGGAGCUUGCUCCGUCCGCUCCACGCAUCGACCUGGUAUUGCAGUUCUUCCGAGAACGGUGCACCUCCUUUAGAAAGCCCCUUAACCCCAUCUUCAGGAUGAUCUGCAGGGGGACUGUGGUGAGCAGCUGCAUCAUUGCCUGGUUUGGGAAUUGCACUGCCUCCGACUGCAAGUCCCUACAGUGAAUAGUGAGGACAGCUGAGAAGAUCAUCGGGGUCACUCUCCCCUCCAUCUGGAACAUUGCUGCUAAUACAGUGUUUGCACUUUCUUCACUCUAGUACUGUGUACCUACCUCAGGAACUGCUGUGUUCACGUAUGUUACAAUCUGACUGCGGAAACUCACAGAUCACAAUAAUCACAAGAAAUGAGUGCUGUGUCGGCGCUGCACUGUCCUGUUUGUUUACUGUGUCUGAAUGUCUGUUUUAUUUAUUGUAUUUAUUGUAUUGUUUCUAGUUAGAUUUUUUUUUUU